AUGGAGGAGGAGAGCGAGGAUGUUCAGCAUGCCAUCGAUAACAGGCAGCUCCGGAGCCAAACGUCGAACCUCAAGAUUGAAGCCUGGUUGUCACCGCUGAGCGACCACUUUCCCACACCAAGAGGCUUCCACUUCCUCUCUGCCCCAAUCUUGCCAUCCUCACCAUCAACCGUGUCAGCCGACGAGAGUAGCUCGCCUUCUACAUCAUCGAACCCGUGGAACAACAACAGAACAAGCGUAAUGACCGACGUCACCGAGUUCGACGACCUGUAUGAUGUCACGGAUGAGGAUGAGCCCACUGAGCUGCGUCGAGUACUGUCGCGCAAAGCAUCGGUGAGGAGACGCAACUCUAGCCGUAACGAGGCGGCAAAGCAGACUGCGACUGGCGCUCGUAGAGCUUUGCCACCUUUGGUCAUCCCUGGUGGUCGAAACACAUCGACAGAGGACUGGUCUGCUGCCAGCCUCAAGAAGGCUAUCGCAUCGCCAGUACCCCCUACACCUCCAACCCGUGUUGAGAUGUCUCCUCAGGUCUUUUCCUUCAUGCAAGCGAAGCAGGCCCAGGAGGUGCCCACCAUUUCGGCCCCGCCUUCUCUUGAUGGGAGCUUGAGUUCAGAACAGUUGGCGCAAAUGUCUGCGCCACCAACCCCUAUCAUCGGCAGCGACAACGGCAAGGAGGCAGACUGGUCAGGCGUGCGACUUCAACCUGGCGCUUUGGCGACUCUGCAUGCCUUGUCCGGCGAUAACGACAGCCUGCACGAGCAUGACCAUGACCACUCCGAUCAGGUUAUAGAGAUUCCUCAAGAACCCGUCCCUGAGAUGCGUCAACAACCUCUGCGUCUCUUCACAAACAUCUUCCCCCAGCCGGCGCGCGUUGUCGAGCUCACCCCCAGCUCCCAUCGUCGGUCUCUUGCCGAUCUCACCAAGCUCGAUAUCCCUUCUCCUGGCGGUUUCUUUUCCGGCCUCUCGCCCAGGACAAGAACGACGUGGCACAUGCCGACAACGUCCCCCGAGGAUAUGGUGCCCCCUACGUCAACCACCGCAGAGCAGUUCUACCGCUGCCCCUGGAACAUGGAUGCCUCGGUGCCUCCAGUGCCAGCUGCACCCGCAAAGGUCAUCAUCAACGAUAUCGCCGAGCAAUAUUACCGCAGCUCAGUGCCGACUACUUCCACCAUCAUUGAGCAGGUUGUUGAGGUUAGUGACAAGGAGAUGGAUGAGGAUGACAUGCCCACUGCUAGACCGAUCGUCCCCACAAAUGCCUCGAGCUCCUCUGUGACGCUGGCCGAGCCAACCUCCCCCGAGGUUGAAGAUGCUCCAACGGAAAUCGUCACAGUCUACGACCCCGAGUAUGCGCGCAAGCAACAGGAGGUCGCCCUCUCCAAUCUUGACCGCACCGAGCUUUGGCUCAUGGCCCAGCGCGCCUACCUGAAGCCCGUCGAAGCCGACCAGACCGAGGGACAAGACCACAACCUCGGCACUAUCCCGGAGGCCGCUGACGAGGAUGUUGAGAGCUUCCCAGAGCAGGAGGUCACGUCGGCGCCGAGGAAGAAGAUGGUCCGCUUCUCCGACAUCAUCACCAAGACCGACAUCCCCCGCCGCCUGCCCUCCAAGCUCUCCAGGCAGGAAUCCGCCUACUACCGCGCCUUCCAGGACUACGUCAUCCGCUCCAGCAAGCAAGAUGUCUUCGUGCACCAGCUGCCCCGCUUCGAGGCCCUCCAGGCCCAACGCGUCUGCCUGCGCGAGUUCCAUCGCAACCAGCUUCUCGGCAAGUACCAGCUCAGCGUCGUGCCACAGUCCGCCAAGAAGCGCCUCAGCGCCAACGUUGCCCGCGGCGAUGACAUCCUUGUCGACGACCCGGAGAAGCUGCGCCGCGAGAAGGAGCAUGAGGCCAUGUCCCAGAUGGCCAUGCCGACCUGGCACGUCGCCGCCAUCAAGAUGCUCAACGGCGGCAAGCUCAUCUCGGCGCCCGUCGGCAAGCGUCUCGGUCGCCUGUCCCGCAUGGCCCCCGGCCGUGACGGUGUCGCCCGUGACAGGGCGCGCAUCCUCGACCUCGGCGGCCAGUCGGCAUGCGACUGGGCCUGGCACUGCGCGCUGCAGUACCCCAACACCAAGAUCUACACCGUCACCACAAAGGCCAUCCGCCAGCUGUCCAACUCCAAUGUUCGCGGCCCGCCCAACCACCGGCAGGUCGCCGUCGAGCGCCUUACCCGCCUGCCCUUCAAGGACGACCAGUUCGACCUCAUCUCAGCGCGCGAGCUGCACAGCGUCCUCAAGUUUGUCGGCGAGAACGGCGAGGAUGAGUGGGAGACGUGUCUGAAAGAGUGUCUGCGCGUGCUGAAGCCGGGCGGCUACCUCGAGUUCUCCGUCCUAGACUCGGACAUCAUGAACGCGGGCCCCCUCGGCCUCGCCAAGAGCGUUGAGUUCGGCUUCGACCUCAAGACCCUUGGUUAUGACCCCAACCCGACAAAGAUGUUCCUCGGCCGCCUCUCACGCGCGGGCUUCGACGAAGUCCGUCGCGCAUGGAUGUGCCUGCCCAUGGGCGCCCGUCCGCCCUCCCAACAACAAGAGAAGCCUCUGCCCUCGCUGCCCGCCGUCCGGGCCAACCCGACGGGUGAGGAGGUCAGAACGGUGACGAUGGAGGCCAUGGUCACCGGCAGCACGGACGGUGUGGCAAACGUCACGAGCAUCGUCGGCGGCUGGAGCUGGGAGCGCUGGCUGCUGCGGUGCGAGAUGGAGAAGGUCAGCGGUGAGCUGCGGCUCGCGGACACAGUGACAGCCGGUCCCGCCAUGAGGGAAGCCGGCAAAAGCGUCGAGGGCGUCGCCGCCAUCGUCGAGGAGGGGCGCGGCUGCGGCGCCGGGUGGAGGAUGUUGAGCGGGUACGCAAGGAAGCCCAAGACCGGCACGGGGCUCAUCUCUGUCGGUUUCGAGGUGUGA